CCUCUUUUAUUCACUUUAUACAUAGAACCACUUGGUUCCACCAUCCACUACUUGGGCCUGCAGUAUCACAUGUAUGAUGAUAAGAUAUGCAUCAACAUGAGGAAAGUUUAGGUUGCCGGCUCUUUCAGUUGUUGCUGAAUCGAGUACUUUACCUGGAAGGACAACUGAAAAAGCCUUGUGAAUAAUUCGGGGAAAUAGAGAUGGGUUGAGUAACGAUUUAAAUUUAGUCCACUUUUGGGUUUUAACUUUAGUCACAGUUUAUUUAACUUCACUGUAGAAACUAGAUUUCUUCCGUUUAGUUGGUAGAUUGACUCGGAAGCAUGAACAAAUUUAGAUUCUUGUUGAAUGACCAACACAAAUCGCGUGGACUGGGAUGUUUCUUGCUUUAUUUACAAGCGAAAGCUAGUUAUUCACCGCGUCGACACACCUGUUGUCGCAACAAGUAUGAGUCAUCGCGGGUCACGGGUCAUUCUAAAUUUAGAAUAUGGACCUGCUACAUUGUAAACUUAGGGAAGGCAGCAUAUUGGAUGUUGUUUAUCGUCAUAUUGUUGUGGCAUAAUGAGUCAUAGUAAACUGGAAAAUCGAUAUCAUCCUCCCUGUUGAUCAUAUUUUGAUGCCAUCAAAUUUCGUGGAAUAGUACAUUGCGCUGACCUGUGGUUUUCCGUGUUCGCCAUUUUGCUCCAGGAAGAUGGCGUCUCGUAAAAAGCGUGCGUGUGUGUGCAGUCGCAUUUAUUAUUGAAGUUUAGCCUGACCACGUCAUUGCAGUAAAUAGAAUCACGCAUCACCUUUGGAUUAUCGAUUGAAAAACCGACAGCCAUGCCUGUUCGCGACAGACUAGAGGAGUUGCAGUCGCGACGCGAGCUGCUGAAGACCGACAAGAAAGAGAAAAUGCCGGGGAAAAAGGACGAGAAUGGGGGACUCAACGCUUUCCUGGGCAAGUCGAGCAUCGUCGAUGCCGACUUAAAUGACUUUCGAGCAAAAGUUACUGAAGUGAAAAAGAUUCAGCAGGACCUUACGAGCUCGCCAUUCUGCGAAAAAUCGGUGCUUGUUCGAUAUGAGAGUCUGGUGCAAGAUACCACAAACUACGGUGUGAAAAUUCGCCAGGAUAUUCGAAAAUUAGAAGAAGAUGCCGACAAGUACACGAAGGCGCACAGCAACGAUGAAGGAUACAAACGAGUGGUCAAACAGCAGUUGAAUGGUUUGACCACACAGCUUGCUAUAGCUACAAAUGAAUUCUUCAAGUGUCAAUCUGACUACGCUGACAGAAUGAAGAAUCGUUUAAAAAGACAACUUCAAGCGAAAGGUGAAAGUGAGAUAACGGAGGAGCGGAUGAAUGAAAUUCUAGGGCAGGAUUCGUACUCUGUUUUCACACAGAACUUCAUCUCAGAAGUUCAGGACGCAGAACAGACGCUUCGUGAACUGGAGGAGCGACACAAAGACAUUUUGGCGCUUGAAAAGAGUGUUACUGAGGUGAACACGCUUUUCAAGGACCUCAACUUGUUGGUAUCACAGCAAGGUGAGACUCUGGAUAACAUAGAACGGAACAUAGUUGAUGUGGAAGUUACUGUUCAGGAGGGUGUCAAGCAGCUUGACAAAGCUAAAGAAAGCCAAAGAAAGGCUCGUAGAAAGAAGUGUUGCAUUUUUGGCAUUCUUGCAGUUGUUGUGGCAAUUGUGGUGGUGAUAAUUGUUGUUGUGGUGGUACAAAAUAACAAGUAAACUAAUUUACAUGGCAUAUUUCUGAGACAUUGCAUGAAGUGGGUGUGUGACCAGCACAAAUUUUCUAUGGCAUUGAGUAAUAUUCCACUUAUUGUUGAUGUUUUGGUUGAAUUAUACACUACUGUGAUUCUAUUUGAAAGUAAUAUCAUUCCACUGGAUUUUCAGCUAUCAUCACUUUGUGGAAACUGGAAAGAAAGUUGUGAAAAAAAGUCUAUUUACAAAUGAAAAAGUGAACUUUUGCAUGCCUGUUGCUGAGUACUUCUGUGCUGUUUUUUUUAUUAUUUUGUUAAAUACAAUCUCUGACGAACAAGUUAUGUUCCUGAGUUCAUCAUAAAGUCGAUACAUCUUCAUCAUCAAUCAUAUAUUUUACCUUUUGGUCACAUAAAAUAUUUUAAAAGCACUUUCAAAUCCUAUAAUUUAUUUAAAACUUCUUAAUAAUACCUAACACAUCUUUAAAUACACUAGUAGUCAUGUAACAAACAAGUUGCCAUGUUACUUUAAACCAUUUGAGUGUUGUAUAAUAUUACAUUUCCUAGUUUUCACUAAUUGUAGAAAAUAGUUAAAUAAACUUCAGAUCCAGCUGUUUCUAGUAGCAGACACUCGGAUCUUACUGUAACUGGUCUUUGUUCUUCAGUUGGUUUCGGUUGACUAUGAGGAACCAAGUUUUUUUUCAAAUCAGCAGCACAGCUGCAAAAAUUGGGAUGUAUCAUGCAACACAUUAACCACUUGUGCUGACAACUUAUACUAACAUGUUACAGGCUUUCUAAUCUAAUGUGCCAUUGCAGCCUCUUUAUUAUAUUCUAUGGCACAAGGAAUUGGCCAUUCUGUAGUCAAGAUGCACUGUUAGAAGUGUUUUCAUUGGUCACAUUAGUGAUGGUCACAGCAGUGCAGUGGUCAUUUUUAACACUUGUCUAGUGCAGACAUGAGACACUGAUGUAGCUUAUAAUUUUGUCAGUUUCAAAAAACAAAAUUGUGUUAGCACAAGCUGAAGGAAGCAAUUGUACACAGUAAUGUUAAUGACUGAACAAGUAGUAUUUUUAAAGUCUAAUAAAAUAUAAUUAUUAAGUACACAUGGAAUAUUGUCAGUGUAUCUUUAGAGAUUUUCUUAGUGCUUAUGUCAACAUGCAUCAAAGCCAUUUUUACCUGUUGGUCACAUGUUAUUGGUAAUUGCUGUCUUGCUUUACCUUUCACCUGUAAGUUUGUAUUAAAUUGUACUUUUUUUGUGUAAAACUUAAAAUUUUCAUGAUUGGGUAUUAUGUAUGUUCUGGAAUUUUACAUGCUUAGGGAAAGUUCUGAACACUAGAUAGAAGAUUGCUGUAAAAUGUUAUGAGCUUGCUUAAUUGGCGAAACACUAUACAAGCUUUACAAAACGUGUCUAGUCGUGGUGGUUCCAUGUUAUUUAGAGUUCUAGCAGAAGGGUAUUAAAAAGCCAAGCACAGCCAAGAAAUUGUUCAACUUCCUAUAAAUCCUGUUAAUAUUUUAUGCAUGGCAUUUUAUUUUUGAUAGAGAGUUGCAAUGUUAUAGUGUUUGUAAUUAUAAUGAAUUCUUUUCCUGUGAUGUGAAGGCAUAAAUACAUAGAAUUAUAAAAAUCGUUCUGACUGACAGGCCUGAACAUUUGUAGAUCAACACCAGUUGUUGAGGAAGUCCUCCUUUCAGCAACUUCAUAGGCUGAGAUUCUUAGGUUUCCUACUUCGGUUAUACUUCCUCCUGAAAUGUGGUUAGAUCAUUUCAAAAGUCUUUCCUGUCAAACAUGAAAUUUUGAACCAAUACUGUUGUGACUGUUAGCUCUCCUAAAACAUUAGAAAUUUUUUGUGAAAGUGAUGUAAUAAGGUAUUCAAGGGUUAAAAAUCUUAGAGGAUGCCAACAGUAAAAAAAAAUUGAUACCUGUUGAAAGCAUUUUGAAACAUUUUACUUUACAUUGCUGAGAAAGUCUUGAAAUAGUAAGAGGACAAAGAAAGUUUUGCCAGAAUGACUAAGCACCUUUCUUAAUCCUUCAAUGCUUGUCAAUUACAACAAAACUAAACAGCUGUCUGGUCUGUGAUUUAUAUUUCCACAGGUAGUGGCAAUUACAUAUCACAUAUUAUUAUUCAUCCGAGGUUUAUUGGGUGGAAUGUAUCCCCUGCCAACUAUUUACAGCUGUUUGUCACUUUUUGGGUUCACUGUUAAAUUCAAGAAAAAUAGAUUUGGCUAUCUUGGUAUUUCAUUUAAAUUGUAUGCAACUCUUUAACUCUAGUGCUUAGCUAGCAUGCCAAUAAAGGCUUUGCUGAAUGGGAGGACUUACUACUUGGAAAGCAGUUAACAGCAUGAUAGCAUGCUGCUGUACAACAGCACUGCAUCAUCUGUGACAAGAAGAACAGAUGCUGCUGGCUACAUUUGUUUUAAUCUGAGGUCAUUGUCUGAAACAUGAUGCACUUGCUUACAGUGCCCCUUCCCCACUGAGUUCUCAUUAUGAUUGUUUUAAUAAUGAUCACUUUAACUUUCACUGUUGCUAAUUUAGAAAGACUGUUCUCAGUGAACCUAGUCUGGUUUUGUGCAAAUAUUUGUCAUUUUUGUGUGAAAGGUUUUGAUGACCAGAUUGCCAGAGUAUGUUUUUGACUGUGCUUCAUAAACUUACUGUGAUUUCCAUUACGUAAACAAGAAUUUAAUUAGCAUCUUUGUGAAUAGGACUCCCUGUGCCUUUCUGAUUGCCAAGAUUAACUGAAUGUGGUGAUGGUGGUAGCGAUGACGAUGCAGUGUGGCUCAUGCCUUUUAUUAUUGGACAGCAACCAAAUACCAUGAAAAAUGGUAAAGAUUGCCAAUGGCUUGAAUUUGGAACAGGUCCGUCCAUCUUGUUGGCCUCAACCACUCUGCCUAAUAAUAAGCACGAACUCGGUGCACUAAGUGUUUUGCGAUCAUUUAAAUUCUCCAUUCCAUUACAUUAUUAAAAGAUCUGUUAUUUUUUUAAAUUUGAAAGUGUUAUUGAAUUGAAGUUUCUCUAUAUCUGUUACUGCCCCUUUAUGCAAGGGAAAAUAUAGAAAGGCUUGUUUAUCCAGUGGCGUAGGAACCAGGGAGGGAGCCAUCUCUACCCCCCUGCCCCCUUUAGUGUUGCUUUGUCUUUCAUUGUCAGCAUAGUUUGUCGCCCACAAAUCAUAGCAUCAUCCUACGCCACUGUUAUCUGUGCUAUAUACAUUGCCACUGUUUCAUUCCAUUGAAUAUUUUUCAUCAUUUUGAAGGAAUAAAAAUGUUUUAUAAGUUCAU